AUGAGUCGGCCACGUGCGGACUCCCAGGAUUCCCUGGAGCCCGAUGACGAGGUCAUGCCAUACAGCGAUGACGAGACUGAUGAUGAAUUGGGACAGGAGGAUGAAGAGGUGCCACCAGCCAUCCCAUCUGUAGAACCCGAAGCAGGAUGGAAGGUCAAAGCGAACGACCGAGAUUUCUGCAAACGUCCUGAAUUCCAGAAGAAGUUCUUCCUGUGUUUUAAGAAGUGCAAGUACUCUGGAAACGCCAUCAAGACCUACAAGUACAACGCCCUUACCUUCCUCCCUCUGAACCUGUUUGAGCAGUUUAAAAGGGCAGCCAACCUCUACUUUCUGACAUUGCUCAUAUUGCAGGUCAUCCCACAAAUCUCCACUCUGCCCUGGUACACCACACUCGUGCCUCUGGUACUGGUGCUUGGCAUCACUGCUAUCAAAGACCUGGUGGAUGACCUGGCUCGGCACAGAAUGGACAAGGAAAUCAACAACAGGAAGUGUGAAGUUAUACUCAACGGCAGGUUUCAGGAGGCAAAGUGGAUGGACAUUCAAGUUGGUGAUGUGGUCCGACUGAAGAAAAAUGAUUUUAUUCCUGCUGACAUUCUGUUACUGUCCAGCUCUGACCCAAACAGCCUGUGUUAUGUAGAGACAGCAGAACUUGAUGGGGAGACGAAUCUGAAGUUUAAGAUGGGACUGAAAGUGACACAUGAGAAACUGCAGCAGGAGAAUCAUCUGGCGGCGUUUGAUGCUAUGAUCAUGUGUGAGGAGCCAAACAACCGUCUGGACAAGUUCACAGGCACGAUGCACUGGGACAGGGACGCGUUUCCCCUGGACCUGGACAACAUGCUCCUCCGAGGGUGCAAGGUCCGCAACACGGAGGAAUGCCGAGGUCUCGUCAUCUUUGCAGGAGCGGACACUAAAAUCAUGAGAAAUGGUGGAAAGACCAGGUUCAAACGCACCAAGAUAGACUACCUCAUGAACUACAUGGUGUACACUAUCUUUGUGCUGCUGGUCUUGAUUUGCGCUGGCCUGGCCAUCGGGCACACGUUCUGGUACGAGGAGGUGGGCAGCAAGGCUUGGUACCUGUACGACGGCAAAAACCAGACGGCCUCCUACAGGGGGUUCCUGAGCUUCUGGGGAUACAUCAUCGUCCUUAACACCAUGGUGCCCAUCUCGCUCUACGUCAGCGUGGAGGUGAUCCGUCUUGGCCAGAGUAAGUUCAUAAACUGGGACCUGCAGAUGUACUAUGCUGACAAAGACACCCCAGCCAAGGCACGCACCACCACACUCAAUGAGCAGCUGGGGCAGAUCGAGUACAUCUUCUCUGACAAGACGGGCACGCUCACGCAGAACAUCAUGGCCUUCAAGAAGUGUACCAUCAGCGGGCGCACGUUCGGUAAGCGCUGAGCCGAGAGCCGGCAGCCCCGCGCAUAAUGAGGCCCUGUGGACUUCAGCUGGAACAGGUACAUGGACAGGAAGUUCCAGUUCUUCGACAGUCACCUUGUUUCCUGUAUCCGCUCGAAGAAGGACCCAGAGAUCCUGGAGUUCUUCAAACUGCUUUCGCUGUGCCACACCGUCAUGGUGGAGCAGAAAGAUGACGAGCUGGUGUACCAGGCUGCGUCACCAGACGAGGGUGCUCUGGUCACUGCAGCGCGGUGCUUUGGGUUCGUCUUCCUGUCCCGCACCCAGGACACCAUCACCAUCAGCGAGAUGGGCAUGGAGAACACGUACAAGAUGCUUGCUCUGCUCGACUUCAACAGCGACCGCAAACGCAUGUCCAUCAUCUUACGGUUUCCCGAUGGCCGGAUACGUCUGUACUGCAAGGGGGCAGACACGGUGAUCUACCAGCGCCUCAGUCCCAGCUCCAAAUACAAAGAGACCACACAAGAUUCCCUGGACAUCUUUGCGAAUGAGACCCUGCGGACUCUGUGUCUGUGUUAUAAGGACAUUAGUGAGUCUGAGUAUGACGUGUGGUAUCGUAAACACAAGGAGGCCAGUGUGGUCAUGACCAACCGUGAUGAGGCUCUGGACCACGUCUACGAGCUCAUCGAGACCAACCUGAUGCUGAUUGGGGCGACAGCCAUCGAAGACAAGCUCCAGGAUGGUGUCCCAGAAACCAUUGCCAAACUGGCCAAAGCUGACAUCAAGAUCUGGGUCCUGACUGGAGACAAGAAAGAGACUGCUGAGAAUAUUGGCUACUCUUGUGAGCUACUGACCGACGAAAUGAACAUCCACUAUGGAGAAGACGUAAAUGAGAAGCUGUCGGUCAGGCAGGCGAACAGGCGGAAUCAGCCAGGCCGUGGCCGCAACAAGACGGUGAAGGAGCCCUUUUUCCCCGAGCCCAGCAAGAACGCUCUGAUCAUCACGGGCGGCUGGCUGAACGAGAUCCUGUAUGAGAAGAAGAAGAAGCGCCGGCGCCUACGUCUGCGGCGUCUGGGGAAGCGCCCGCCGCCCGCCAACCCCCAGGACAGCCAGCCCAUCGAUGACUGGGAGAAGGAGAUGCGCCAGUGCGACUUCGUAGACAUGGCCUGCGAGUGCAGCGCUGUCGUCUGCUGCCGCGUCACCCCCAAACAGAAGGCCAACGUGGUCAGCCUGGUGAAACGUUACAAGAAGGCCGUCACGUUAUCCAUCGGAGACGGCGCCAACGACGUCAACAUGAUCAAGACUGCAGACAUUGGGGUGGGCAUCAGCGGGCAGGAGGGCAUGCAGGCGGUGAUGUCCAGCGACUAUGCCUUCGCUCAGUUCCGCUACCUGCAGCGCCUCCUGCUGGUGCACGGCCGCUGGUCCUACAUCCGCAUGUGCAAAUUCCUGCGCUACUUUUUCUACAAGAACUUCGCCUUCACCCUCGUCCACUUCUGGUACUCCUUCUUCAGUGGAUACUCCGCACAGAUUGCCUAUGAGGAUUGGUUCAUUACCCUCUACAAUGUGCUGUACAGCAGUUUGCCUGUGCUGCUCGUUGGCCUGCUGGACCAGGAUGUGAAUGACAAAUUGAGCUUGCGGUUUCCAAAGCUUUAUCUUCCGGGCCAGCAGGGAGCGUUAUUCAAUUACAAGAACUUCUUCUUCAGCCUGUUCCAUGGCAUCUUCACGUCUCUCAUCAUCUUCUUCAUCCCGUACGGAGCCUUCCUGCAGACAAUGGGCCAGGACGGGGAGGCACCAUCAGACUACCAGUCCUUCGCCGUGGUAACCGCAUCCUCCCUCAUCAUCACAGUCAACCUUCAGAUCUCUUUGGACACCUCCUAUUGGACAUUUGUGAACUGUUUUGCUGUGCUGGGCAGUAUAGCCAUUUACUUUGGCAUCAUGUUUGACAUACAGAGUGCAGGAAUACACGUCCUUUUCCCAACUGCCUUCAAAUUUACUGGUGUAGCGGCGAAUGCUUUGAGGCAACCCUACCUGUGGCUCACCAUCAUUCUAACAGUGGGCAUCAGCCUCCUCCCGGUCAUCUGCAUCCAGUUCCUCAGUAAGACCAUCUGGCCCUCGGUUGGGGACAAGGUCCAGAGAAACAAAAAGAAGUACGAGGUGGAGGAAGAAAGGAAGAGGAAGCCGCCGGCGUUCCAGCGCGGAGGCCGAUCGCGGCGCUCUGCGUACGCGUUCUCUCAUUCCCGCGGUUACGCCGACCUCAUCGCGUCGGGCCGCAGUAUUCGGCAGAAGCCACGCCCGCGUGCUGAGUUUAGGGACAGCAUCAGGGAAGAACCCAAUACUGAGAACCUCUGAGACACAACCUUGCCUGGGGAGGAAAAUCGCUUGUGUAUUUGGUUUAAACAGGACCUUGUGGGGGUGGGGAAAACAAGGCCAUCUGCGCCGGUUCUGUCCUGUAUUGGCCCUUAAGCACAUCCCCUACGUCUCUCCUUUCUUUCUUUCUUUGUAUGGUGAAAAAGAUUGACCAGAGCCUGUGGGAAGGGCACAGGGUACGUGGUUUAAGGCCAUAGGGGACUGCCCGGAGUAAAGGGUGGACCGGAAGAGCAUGCAGACAAGGCCUAUGUGAAUAACCAGCACAAAUAAAGUACAGGAGGGGCAUAUAUCAGAGUUUACAUACAAGGAAGGGAAGGCCAGUGAGUCCGAGUUGUGAACACUAACCACAAGUCGUUUUAAGGUUCUAACACUGCGUGACGAAUUGUAUAACUCAGGAUUUUAUCAUCCCCCUUUUCCACCCCAAGGUGGAUUACGUGGGAUAUAAUUUGGAUUUAAAGAACAUCGAAAAUGUGUUGGAAGUUCUGACGACCUCAUUAUCUGUGAACAACUGCUUAAAACACGUUGAAAACAAAGGUUAUUACAAUUUAGGGUACAAUUUAGGGGAUAUUUAGGGUUCAUAUGAUGUGGUAAUGAGAUUUCAGACAAGUGAACCUGUGGAUGUAGAAAAAAGCCUCGUUUUUUUUUGUUGUUUUUUUGCAGCUAGUAAAAUGUGAAACACUGGACUUUGUUUUAUACAGCAGAGCUAUUUAAUGAAAUGCUCCUUAUUUCUGCUGUUGUUUAUAAAAUGUUUAUUUUAUAUUCUGGUAUUAAGAUCACCUCAUGUGUACAUAAAACUGCCAUUAUCCCUGUCGGAGCAAUAUUUCUAUUUGCAGACUUAAAAUGAGUAAGCAACAAACUUUUACAUCUUAACCCCUUAAAUUUGAAUAUUAGUUUUUGCUUUUUCAAAGUUCCUGGCCAGGGAUUGGUAAAAAAAAAACAAACAAAAAAAAAACAAACAAAAAAAGUAAAACAAACAACAACAAAAAACCCAAAACAAACCCAGCAUGCAAGUAUACUGUUCCAAAAUUCAACAAGUACAAAACCCACACUGAAUUAAUAGCAAAGAAACCACUUAACUUCUGCCAGUGAACUGCGGGGACAACAGAACCAGGCCUCAAGUCCUCCUACAUUUUGCACCUUUGGUGAUCCUCAGCCAACCCGCCCCAGAGAUGUGAACCUCUUCAGACUCUAUCACAUUAGUACCACGGCUUUGCACUUUCCACUUUCGCUCAUGUGCAAAGGAUGGUUUAACUCUUAAGCUGUGGGUGGUUCAGUUAGAUCACAUGUACUAACUUAAAUGUAUGAAUGUUUUUGUCUUUAUGCCAUGUUUUUUUUUUCAGCACUCCAAAACAAGAAUUUCAGAGCCUUCACUGUAAGGUCCUACAGCUGUCAUCCUUUGUGGAACCUUUUACAUUUUUAAAGCUAUCUAAGGUGCCUGGAUAAUGCGCUACUAAGUCACACGGCUGUCACUGUGGGACCGUUGUGGGUAUGAGUGUGAUGUCUUGGAGGUGGAGUUCCUAUGUUUACACUAAUUAUGCUGCACUCGCUCUCACUUCAGUCUGCUCUAUUCUAGUUUUCUUGACUUCUUAACAUGCACCAAGUUAUGAUCUCAAGGACUGAUUUGUCAUUGUCAUUGCACAGCUUGUAGUACCAUUUUCCUUCUCUGUUACAUGAUUUUGCAUUCAGUUCUUAGAAUUCAGUUCUCUUUUUUUUGUUUGUUUUUUUUAAACAGAACAUUAGACCCAGUUUAUUCUAAUCCUGUUAAUCUUGUACCUACACACUGGUAAAAGGGAUACGUAUUCUCUGUCAUUUUAACAGAAAACUGUUACAUGUUUAAAAUCUGCCAUACUGCGAUAGGGGCUACCCUUUAUGUGAAAUAGUUAAUAUCCACAAGUUAUUUUAACAUUCCUGUUUUCUACAUAGAAACAAACUCUGAAUGACCAGCAAUCUCAGUGCCUUAUUCUCUGGAAAAAAAAAGCAAAAAAAAAGCUACUUUUUACAGAAUAUUGUUUUGUUUUUA